AUGCCCGGCGCCGUUGCCAACCACUCGCACCGCCCCACCACAAAGGUGUCUCACAAGCCUUUCAAGUCAAAGGCAGCGUCAAAGCACGAGCUGAGGGAUCGCGCCAAAGGACGAGUCCCCGGCGAACGCGGCCAGCGCAAGACUCCGCACCAGCAGGUCAUGUCCAAGUUCGACAGACGGAACCAGGCCAAGCAGGCUCGCUUGACCAAGCACAAGGAGCACCUCAAGGACACUUCCGUCUUCGCAGGCAAGGAUGGAGCCCCCCGGAUCGUAGCCGUCGUGCCGCUCUGCGCGGACUGCGACGCUGCUUUCGCCGUCAAGCAGCUGAACGCCAGCCUCGACAUUGCCGUUGACGUCGUCAAGGGCAGCGGCAGCAGCAGCAGCAGCUUUCGCGUGUCCGUCGACCGGUUCAAACAAAAGAUCCAGUACAUACCGCUCCAGAGGGACCUCACCGCCUGCUUGGACGCCGCCCGGGUCGCCGACUUCGUCGUCGUGAUCCUCUCGGCCCGCGAGGAGGUCGACCCUCUGGGAGAGUUGAUCCUUCGAAGCAUCGAAAGCCAGGGCUUGUCCACGCUUUUCACCCUCGUCCAGGGCCUCGACAAUGUCGAGACGGCUAAGCAGCGAACGGCCACUGUGGGGUCCCUCAAGUCCUUCAUCACUCACUUCCAUCCCGAGCAGGAAAAGGUGUACAGCCUGGACAGCAGGCAAGAUUGCUCCAACGUGAUGCGGUCUCUGUGCAACACAACGCCAAAGGGCGUCCGUUGGCGGGAAGACCGAAGCUGGAUGUUGGCCGAGGACGUUCGGUUUGCGCGUGACGAGUCGGAGCCCACCGUCAUCACGGGCGUCGUUCGCGGCCGGGGCUUGAAAGCCGAUCGACUGGUUCAGAUAGGCGACUGGGGAACGUAUCAGAUCGACAAGAUUGUGGCCGCCCCCUUGUCAAAACACCCAAGGAAGGGCGAAGAGGACGCCUCGUCGGACGCCGGCCUGCAACAACAGAGGCUCCUGGAAGAACCAUCCGCGGACCGGGACGAUCUCAACCAGCUGGCCCCGGAAGACGUCGUCAUGGGCGCCGACGACCACGACGCCGAAAUGGCCACCGAGCCUGCCCCGAAAAAGGGCGUCUUGCUCGACGAGCACCACUACUUCUCCGACGAGGAAGCCGAGGCCAAGAAGAUCAAGAAGAAGGUCCCCAAGGGCACGUCCAACUACCAGUCGGCCUGGUACCUGGACGACGUAUCCGACUCGGGCUCCGACCUGGAGGACAUGGAGGUCGAGCAGGACGGGCAGGAUGGCGACGACGCAGAGCUUGGGGCCGAGGACGGCGUCGAGGGGUACGCGCAGCCCGAGCCCACCGAGGCCGGGGGCGGUGCCUCGGAAUACCCCGCCUCCGAGAUGAUGGACGUUCCCGACGAGGACGAGGACGCCCAGCAGCUGGCCCAGCACCGGUCCCGGAAGCGAAACGAGGCCAAGGACGACCUGGAGUUCCCCGACGAAAUCGAGCUGCAUCCCCACGUCCUGGCCCGCGAGAGGCUAUCCCGGUACCGCGGCCUCAAGAGCCUCCGCACCAGCCCGUGGCAGCAGGACGAAGACCGCGCGCACGAGCCCGACGCCUGGAGACGGCUCCUCCAGGUCCCCGACUACCACUCGUCCCGGUCGCGGGCCGUCCGGGAAGCCCUCGUGGGCGGCGUCGCCGCGGGCUCCCGGGUCCAGGUCCACGUCAGGGGCGUCCCCGCCUCCGUCGCCGCGUCCCACGCGCACAGCGCGUCCGUCGUCACCCUCUUCUCCCUGCUCCGCCACGAGAACAAGAAGACGUGCCUGAACUACCUGCUCAACCUGAGCGGCGACCACGACGGGGCCAUCAAGUCCAAGGACGAGCUGAUUGUGCAGUGCGGCCCGCGCCGGAUGGUUGUCAACCCCGUCUUCUCGCAUCCCGGCUCGACGCCCAACGACGUCCACAAGUUCUGCCGCUACCUGCACCCCGGCCAGAGCGCCAUCGCGUCCUUUGUCGGGCCCAUCACGUGGGGCGCCGUGCCGGUUCUGUUCUUCAAGCGAACCACAGCCACGACCACGACCACGACCACGACCACGACGGCCGAUGCCGACGCCGCGGGUGGUGUCGGCCUCGCGCUCGUGGGCACCGGCACCGCCCUGCCGCCGUCCACGUCCCGCGUCGUCGCCAAGAGGGUCAUCCUCACCGGCCACCCGUACCACAUCCACAAGAAGAUCGUCACUGUCCGGUACAUGUUCUUCAACCGCGAGGAUGUGGACUGGUUCAAGGCCCUGCCGCUGUGGACGAGGCGAGGCAGGACCGGCUUCGUCAAGGAGCCUCUCGGCACGCACGGCUAUUUCAAGGCCACCUUUGACGGGCGCAUCAAUCCCCAGGAUGCGGUGGGCGUGAGUCUGUACAAGCGCAUGUGGCCCCGAAACGCGACUCCCCUCGACGGACCGCUCUUGGAGCAUGCACAUGGAAGGGCAGCGAGCAGUGACGGGCAGCUUGAGGACGUGACGAUGGCAUGA